AUGGAAAGCACAUCGGCUAAGUUUGGUUUUAAGCGUGCCUCGUUUGUUCGUUAUCAGCUUCAGGAACAGGGCUUACCAGUUGAUGACGCACCUGCAGAUGAUGAAGCCCGGGAGACUUACAAUUUCCCUCCGGGUGCAUAUGGUCUUGUCUAUCGAGCUGAUGUUCCUGAUCAGGGAGUGAGAGAUAGCAGUGACGUGUCUGCGGGUGCGGAGGAGGUACAACUCCAAGACGCAACUGUAGAGGGAGAAGAAGUUUCCGACGAUUCAAAAGAGCAGCAAACAUCCGACAAUGCCAAGAACAACGACAAAUCCACUAUCACUCACAGCAACGACCCAACCGAGAGAUAUAAAUACCAAAUCAAAGUAAUGAAAUGGGGCUUAAUCCCUUUCUGGACCAAACGCUCGCCAGACUAUUCAAGCAUGCUAAAGACUAUCAACUGCCGGGACGACAGCUUGGCCGAAAACCGGGGUAUGUGGACCACGAUGAAGGCGAAGAAACGAUGCCUAGUCGUGGCGCAGGGAUUCUUCGAGUGGCUCAAAAAGGGGCCCGGACCAAAAGACAAAGUCCCGCAUUUUGUGAAACGCAAAGACGGCCAGUUAAUGUGCUUCGCAGGUUUGUGGGAUUGCGUCAAAUAUGAAGGGAGCGAGGAGGCUGAAAAAUUGUACACCUAUACGAUCAUCACGACGGAUUCGAAUAAGCAACUGAAGUUUCUGCAUGAUCGGAUGCCAGUUAUCUUGGACCCGGGAACCGACGAAAUCAAGAUGUGGUUGGACCCGAGCAGGAAUAAAUGGUCGAAAGAGUUGCAAGCUAUGUUGAAGCCUUUUGAAGGCGAACUGGAGUGUUAUCCAGUCGAUCGAGAUGUAGGAAAGGUGGGUAACAACUCGCCUGGUUUUAUUGUGCCUGUCGACAGUAAGGAGAACAAGAAGAAUAUUGCGAAUUUCUUCGGGAACGCCGCAGCUGUUAGUGGGCAGAAGCAGAAAGCGGCCAUCAAGCCUUCAGAGAAGGGGUUAGAGCAAGAGCCAGAAGAAACCCGCAAGACAGUCGACCACGAUGGGAGCGAAGAUAAUGCCCCUCUACCCGUGCCAACAUCUCCAUCAUCACAGUCACCUCAAAAGCUCACCGGCAAGAAACGAGAAGCUCCGAACUCUCCGGUAUCAUCACCACCUACUAAACAAGCCAAAUUUGGGAGCAACAUAUCGCCGAUGAAAACAGCGGCCUCCACGACCCCAGGAUCUGGCAAGAAGCCGCGCAGUGCGACGAACAACAAAGACCUGGUACUGAAUAGCAACAAGAAUAAGAAGAAGACCGAGGCUGGUACGCAGCGUAUCACGAAUUUCUUUGGGAAAUGA